AUGUUCCAUAUGAUCCCAGGGAAAUAUCUACCAAAUGCUGUGUUGGAAACCAAAGAACAACCAGGUGGAAUAAGCAGGAUAGAAUGCGCAGCGGAAUGCCAGUCAAACCCAAAGUGCAAGUCGUUUAACAUAAGAUCUGCCAACACUGUGUGUGAAUUGAAUUCCGCCGUGGAUUUUACACCCACCAAGGUGGCCCUCGUUGACGACGCUGCCAGUCGACAUUAUACAAAGGUCCCUCACGACUGCGCUGAUUAUUAUGGGGUAGAUGGCGUUCACUGCAUUAACGUCAACUCCAUGAACAGACAACUUCGUGUAUCAUGUGAGGAAGGAUGGACGGUUCUGAUGCGUAGAACAGGACCCGACUUAAGCUUUGACAGGCCCUGGCUUGAAUAUCGUGACGGAUUCGGUGACGUCACUGGUGACCACUGGCUGGGACUGGAAGCGUUUCAUCAUCUCACUAACCAGGGAAACUACUCCUUUAUGGUCGAAGUGAAGAGCCUGAUCACCGGCCGUUACUACUGGGAAAGCCACCACGGUUUUCGCAUAGGCCCGGAAUCAGAAAAAUACGUUUUCAACGAGUUUCCGCAAGGUGUUGGAAACCUGAGUCAAAAUGCCGUUUAUUGGUCUUUUCUGUUUGACAUGCCGUUUUCCACCUUUGAUGCUGAAAAUGAUAACGACGACAACAGAAAUUGCGCCGAGGCAUUCGAAGGCGAUGGCGUGAAUGGCGUCCAUAAUAUUUACGUCAAGUCCAUGGGAAAACAGCUCCGCGUGUCCUGUGAGGCCGGGUGGACGGUACUGAUGCGUAGAACAGGGCCAGAUCUCAAUUUCAACAGGUCCUGGACGGAUUACCGUAUCGGAUUCGGUGACGUCACUGGUGACUACUGGCUGGGACUGGAAGCGUUUCAUCAUCUCACCUACCAGGGAAACUACUCCUUAAUGGUCGAAGUAAGGAGUUUGCCAACUGACAAUUACUACUGGGAAAUCCACCACGGUUUUCGCAUAGGCCCGGAAUCAGAAAAAUACGUUUUCAGCGAAUUUUCGCAAGGGGACGGAACUCUGAUUCAGGAUCCGGAAUAUUGGCCUUCACAUUUUGGCAUGCCAUUUACCACCUUUGACAAUGACAAUGAUGACGAAAACGACAGAGAUUGUGCUGAACUGUUCCAGGGAGGAUGGUGGUACAGAGAAUGUACACUUAUCGCACUCACAGCAAGAAUGGCGACCACGGGCAACUGCACGCAGUUUUGUUUUGCGCACUUCAAGCAUUUUGGCGUACCUAAAGGAGAGAGAGGUGUCAAGACCCAUCUUCUUAACUGGGCUGUCAUGAAGAUAAAGAAAAUUGAGUAA